AUGCCAGUCUCGCCAGUCCACGACGACGACACGGACUACUCUGACCUCGAUGAAGAAGCACCGCCAGCCGCGCCCGCCCCGCAUGGCCGACCAACCCCCAAAACCCGUGAACGAUUGAGCGAACGAACGCCGCUAUUGAGCACUUCACCACCUCCCCCAGCCUAUGCUGAUGUCACACGACUCUACGGCACUCCUCCAUACCUUGCUCGAAACGAACAGGAUGGCGUCCAGCCAGAGCAAACGCGCCAUGAACAUGUCGUCGAAUCGGCCAUUGUGCGACCCGACGAGCCACAGAGCAUGGGUGAUCCAGGAAGAGAUGCCGAAGAUGGCUCAAAACCGAACAAAAGGCGUAGAGUCUUGACCAUCAAGAAAGCGCUUGCAUGUCUAGUGCUUAUUCUUGCAAUCUCUCUUGUUGGCCUGAUGGCUAUAACCACGACCAAGCAUAGCAAAAGCGAUGAUAGCACAAAGAACAGUGGUGGUGGUGGUGAUGAUGACAACAGUCCCUCGCCAGUCGACGGUUUCCCUCACCUUUCGAGAUGCGAUUACCAAACCAUAAGCGACCGACAGACCUUCUCGUUCCAAAACCCGCGCGUCUUUAGCUUCGUCGAGAUUACAGAAGGAGCACACAACCCUUCGGGUGAUAUCAAUGGCCAAGUCCGCAUAAUGGCUGGAGCGGACGACCAGAAAGAUCCAAUUCUAAUGGAGAUGCGGGUCGCAAAAUCAUCAGACGCCCAAAGAUCACACUUCAGUGUUGAUUACACAGCCGAGAGCCUGCGUAUAAAUACCCCCACGUCGUCAUCGACCCACCAAAAGGCUUGCAUGGAAAUCGACAUCGGCAUCUGGUUCAGACCUGGAGCUCAGCUCGAGCAUUUGGAGAUUGCAACCGAGCAUCUUGACAUAAAGAUUGAACCUGGUCUCUUCCCGCCAUCUCACGAUACUCUACCCCUCGGCCAAGACCAGGCAUAUUACAUUAGCAACAUGACCGAUUUCAUUGCAGUUUCCGGAGGCCUCUCCGCUGCAUAUUGGGAAAGUGGUCGCGAGACUCGUAUAGAUCUCAUGUCAGGAAGUGUGAGUGGCCGUUUUGCUCUACGGGACCUUUUGUCAAUCAAAACAACGUCGGGAGGUAUCGACAUAAAUGUCGAACCGAAAGAAGAAAGCCCGACCGACCCUCGACCUGCUUCUUUUGUGGCAGAAACUGUAUCGGGAAGCAUCAAGGCCAUCUUUCCUCUAACUGCUACUAUUGCAGAGAUCCCAGCACGAUUGUAUCACACCAAGGUCGAGACCAAGAGCGGAUCCGUCAAAGGAAACUACAUCCAUGGCCUCAACACUGAUAUUCUCACAGUCAGUGGUUCCAUCGAUGUGAACGUUCUGCCUUAUACGGCCCACAGCACAGGAAGUUGGCUCCGAACCGAGUCGACUGGAGGCAGGAUUGGUGUCAACCUAUUGCCGCCUUACGAAAACUCACAGAGCGUUAUGGGCCAUCUCAGAAGUGUUCAUAAGACGAAAUCCGGAAGUGUGCACAUCAAAUAUCCUCAACAGUGGGAGGGAAAGAUCGAGGCUGUAACAAUGACAGGCAGUGUCCAUCUUCAUGGCAAAGACGUCGAAGUAUUGAAACGAUGGUCAGGACCUGUUGGAGCCCAUGUCGUUGCUCAAAAGGGCAAAGCUAGCAGUGCUAUGGACCUGGGGACCACUUCGGGCAGCGUGGAUGCAACGAUUGGUGAUCUGUACUGA